AGCAAAACACUGUGUGGAGAUAACAACGCGCUUAAGCGUUCGUGCCUUUGUUUACACUUUUCGUCUCAAAUUCGGUUUUAUUCUGGUGCGAUAUUACCGUUUGCAUAUCUGCCGCGCGCGCCGGAAAUGGCACCAACUAGACAAGCGCAACAGCACCACACUGUGAGCACAAUGUUCCAACUGAGCACCAACUAUGAGGAGCUGAAUGUGAUCGGCACAGGCGCAUACGGCACCGUCUACAAAGCACGUGAUCUCAACAACGAAGGUAACAUUGUAGCCCUGAAGAAGGUUCGAGUGGCCCUGACCGAGGAUGGUGUACCAAUGUCGACGCUACGGGAGAUUGCUUUGCUAAAGCAGUUGGAUGCCUUCCAGCAUCCGAACGUUGUCAAAUUGUUGGACGUUUGCCAUGGACCUCGUCUGGAGCGAGAGGGUCAACUGGUUUUGUUUCUUGUUUUUGAACAUCUUGAACAGGAUCUGGACGACUAUAUCAAGCGGCUUCCACCGGGAGGAAUGCCUCGGAUGGCCAUUCAACGCCUCUCCCGCGAGCUUCUGACUGGUGUCGACUUCCUGCACUCGCAUCGAAUCAUCCAUCGUGACUUGAAACCGCAGAAUCUUCUAAUCUCGGCCCAGGGUCAGCUAAAGUUGGCCGACUUUGGACUCGCCAAAACGUACGAUUUCGAAAUGAAACUUACGACCGUCGUCGUUACGCUGUGGUACCGGGCACCGGAGGUACUGCUUGGUGAACCCUAUCACAGUUCGGUCGAUAUCUGGAGCUCCGGCUGUAUCAUAGCGGAAAUGUUCCAACGGGUUGCGCUAUUCCCGGGUACAUCGGAAGGCAAUCAACUGGAGAAGAUUUUCGAAUUGACCGGUAGGCCUUCGGAGAGCCAAUGGCCACGAGGUAUUUCUGUUGCGAGGGAAAAUUUCCGACCAACACUACCACGAGAACCGCGCGAACUGUGCCCGAAGCUGUGUGAUUUUUCCAACGAUCUGCUUAAGAAAAUGCUCGCAUUCAAUCCACGCCAACGACCUUCGGCCAUGCAGUGCCUUCAGCAUCCCUACAUUACUCAGGAGCCGAUGUGAAUUGUCAUUGGCCAACAGAAAAUCUACAGCCAUACAACCCAUUCUCAGAGUUACGAUCAUAUCAUUUGGCACCACCCAGGCACCAAUCACCAUCUUUAUUUUUCUUAAUCAUCUCUAAUUAAUUUGCCUUAAACAUUCGACUACAAUAGUGUAAACCUCUAUUAUAGUGUUAUACAUAUUAAAAAUAUGUGUGGGUAGUAACUUGGUAACAUGGGUGGUUGAUGACAUGAUGGUUAAUAGGUAAGUGAAACUGCCAAAAUAAUGCAUAAAUAUAUUACAGAUUUCAACUGUGAAAAACCAGUUUCAUGGCAUGUACAACCAUAUUAAUGAUUUCAUCCAAGAUCUCUCGUGACGGAGAAGAAGACAUACAUCUACUGUACAGUUCUAGACCAACAAUUGAAAUAGGCGGAACAACCAAACGUA